GGAUACGAUACAUCCAUGUGAGAAAAACAUUGCCAUCAGAUUUUGCCAUCCUACGCUCUGUAAACUUCGGAGGUCGAUCGUCAUAAAGGAAAGCUUUUUAGACUUUGCUCCUUUAAACCGCUCUUUAUAUUUUCCCAUUUACACGAUCCGCAAUUGCGUUUCCAUCACGUGCUGCUUAACCUCUGAAUUAUCAACAAGGAAAUUAAGGAGGGAGGGAGUCAGGAGAUCCCAUAGUUUAAACGAUAUUCUUGUGGUUUUAGAUCCCAUCUGCUUUAAUGUGUGAGACUGAUGUAAAAGGGACAAGAAUGGAAGCCCCCAACACCAACAGCAUGAAACACGGAACACACAAGGCAUUUGAUCCAUCAUUUUUUGUACAGCUACCAAACAAGCUUCAGAAUUGUUUAAAGUCACAGCUCAGGAAGUUAGCAAAAGAUAAAGAGGAAGUACCCGUAGUGAGGAAGGAAGAAGGAUCAUCUGCUGCUUUGAGGAUUGAUCUUGAGAGGCAGUUACAAACUUGGAGACAAAAUCCUUCCUGGGUUGAUCAGCCUCCAGAAAUAAAGGUCACUGUACCAAAAGGUUCUCUCUGCAACAUCAAUGUGAAUGUUAACGUUGGGCUGCCUCCAGAUGCAGUGUAUGAUAUUGUGACUGACCCUGACAAUAGGAGAGUUUUCAAAAACAUCAAGGAAGUGAUAUCAAGGAAAGUUCUGCUUGAUGAAGGUCCAAGGCAGUUGGUUGAAGUGGAACAAGCAGCUAUAUGGAGAUUUCUGUGGUGGUCUGGGACCAUUUCAGUCCAUGUUUUAGUUGAUCAGAACAGAGAAGAUCUGAUGAUGAAAUUCAAGCAAGUGAAAACUGGGUUCAUGAAAAAAUUUGAAGGAUGCUGGAGAGUAGAAUCCCUGUUCAUUGAUGAAUCUCUCUGCCAUCCAUUCAAACCUAAAACAUGGGCAGAAUAUUAUUCAUGUACAGGACACAAAGGAAGAAUAGGAUCAAAGGUGAGCUUGGAGCAGAUAAUCCAGCCAACACUAGUUCCACCACCACCCAUUUCCUGGUACCUAAGGGGAAUCACCACAAAGACUACUGAAAUGAUUGUAAAUGAUCUGAUUGCUGAAGCUGCCAGAAUCAGAGGGGAUUUUAGUACUGCAGGGCCCAAAGGAUCUGAAACAUCUCAGAACUUUGAUGAUGAGCACCAAAAUGACAAGUCAUGUGAUAUUAAAGAGAGAUGGGCACAGCAUAGGAGAAAUGCAAAGAAGCAUCAUAGAAGAUUGUUGACAGCUGAAUGAUCUAAUUAAAUGUUAGGUUUUAUUCUGUAUUCCUGUUGUAUUUCUUGUAAUAUGGAACUGCAUAGCAGUACUUCUAAGUAUUUAUCUAUAUAAAGAUUGUGAUUCUUUUCCACCA